GAGACGGCGUAAAUUCUGGCGAAGGUUUAUGACUUUCAGACGUGCGCAAAUGGAUGAUGAUUGCAAAUCUUUAUAAAAUUCAUUUAAGAUCAGUUACACACAAAAUUAAUUUAAAAAAAAAAAUGAAAGUUGAUGCCGAGCAAAUUUUUCAGCGGUGAUUGAGGAGACGAAGACGCUCAAGGUAAAGCAGUGGCAGAAAGUGUCGCUAAUUUAGAAAUUGCACAAUAAUGGUGGGGCUGCCGCCUCAAUCAACAUGAAGAUUGAUAAGAAAAUGGUUAUCGGUGAUGAAGUUAACGAUGGAAUGGCUAUCGGCGAUGAAAUUAACGAUGGAGUGGCUAUCGGCGAUGAAAUUAACGAUGGAGUGGCUAUCGGCGAUCGAGGUAAAGAUUUUUUCAAAGUUCGUUUAGAUUUAGGAGCGUCAAAUGGAACUGAGGGAGAUGUUAAUAACCUCUCAGGCCUACGAAAUCGGACCUCAAGUUUGAGCAAUAUCGGCGAGGGCCCCGCAUCAAAUGAUGAAGGUUUCGCUGAACGCAAGCCAGAAAACUCAAUGGCCAUUGCUACAACACAUAUUAGCAGUCUUGUGGAGGGGCACACGGCUGAUUCACAGAUGGACACAUUGUCUGCCACAAAUUUGGGUUACCAGGAAGAACAGUUUAACAUAAAAGUAACACAGAACAGCUCCAAGUUUGGGAACCCAUUUAAAGGCAACGCGUCUGAUAAACGCAACAUUACGGGCACAAAGCAACACGUCACCCCAAAUCUUGACCACCACGGACAUGUCACGAGUCGAAGUAAAGCCGUGAGCUCCUGCCAGUCUCUGGUCGCACGUGUGUUCUCCUGGAGGUCCAUGAUGCUGCUAAUGCUUCACCUGUCGUUCGUGAUAAACACCAUCCCCAAGAACACGGCCCCCAUGGCCAUAGUGUGUAUGGUCAGACCCCGAUCUGGUGAGAUGUCUAGAGGAGGGUCAACGAACGCCACGAGGAGCGGAGUAACUGACGGUGUGCUGGGCUCGCAACUGGAAGUGGACAGUGGUGAUGUGGUGAUGAAUACGACGACUGAGAAGGUGAGUUGGGACACGCACACUAUUAAGUUGGUUCGAAAUGGGAAAUUGUGGUUUAACCUGGUAUAGCGUAUGGGUUGGUCUAUUUUUCACGUUAAUCAUAAUGUAUAGUUAUUUUUAUCCAACACACUUGUCUCCCACUGUUGUAUGGCAAUGAUUUUGACGUCGUGGAGUACAUGUGCCGCGUCAUCCCUUACUCACUCAUUCCUUCGUUGGGAAAAAAAGUUCGUUUACGUUCAAAUGAGUACAAUCUGUUCACAAGAAUUCCGUUAGGGGAAGUGAUCUCUAGCAUUUCACCAUUAGAGCGUUCGAAUUUAAUGCCAAUAUGAAGCCCACCAGGUGCCAUAACAGAUAGACAGAGCGAAACAGAUGGAAAGAGCGAACGAGAGAAUUUUCCCAUACGAACCAUUAUAUAAUUGUGUGCGUGUAAAUUAAUAUGCAUUUUGAGUAGCGCACCGUCUCUACUUGCUGUAAGUUGAUACAGGUUAUUGCUUCUAUACUCAAAUUUUGUAUUUGUAUAGAAAUGUAUUUGUAUAGCUAUAAAAACAUAUCAUUAGUAUCACUAGCGUUGGUAUCAUUUUCUUUGCAUGCCGUUUUCUCAGUCCUUUGUUGCGUAUUGCUUCUUCUAACAGCCAAGCAUUAACACAUAACAAAUGUUCCAAAACUUAACGGUGCGUAACAGUGGAAUGUAGAGUAUAACCAUGGGUUUGGCGGUAAAAUGUGGCUGCUUGAGCUAGGCGAUUUAUUAGUAAACUGACACGAUGCCAUCAUGUCAAGAGUCUGCUGCCAUUAUUCACUGCUGCCAUUAUUCAUGAUGUCAUUAUUCAGUGAUGUCAUCAUUCACUGAUGUCAUUAUUCGGGCAAUGUUUUCCCCAUGUAUUUUUUUUUGUGUUUUUUUUUUGUUGUUUUUUUUUCAGAAUCUUAGACUGUCUUAUUUCAAACUGUACUGCACAGUUCUGGCUUGUCAAAUAUUUGACAGCAUUUCAAAUAUUCUGAUUUUUUUUUUAAAAUGUAUUUGUUGAUGCGUGUAAAAUUUGCGUGUAUGUACCGUUACAUUUUCACAAUUCUUAUGACUUUAAAUCACACAAUUUCAGUCAUCUCAUUCGAUUCACUUGAGUCAAAAUAGAGAUUAUUACAAUUCUGACAAUAUGAAAGUUGAAGAGUAAAUUUUAAAAAAAUAUAUAUUUGCUGAAUAUGUAACAGAUUGAUGAUUUCGAGUUUGACUGGGACUCCAACACCGUGGGGCUUGUCCUGUCCGCCAUCUCGUUCACGUCGUGGGUCGGCCCGCUGUUCACAGACACACUCCGCGGCUACCUCGGCAACAAGUGGACGCUCACCCUGCUGACCAUCGGCUCUGCGGUGGCGACCCUGCUAUCUCCCCUGGCUGCUCGCAUAGGACCGGCUGUUCUGGUCGGGCUCAGGGUCGUCUCGGGAGUUGCCACGGUGAGUAGUUUAAGAGACCCCAACUACGUUUGCCAACCCCACACCCCAACCCCACCCCCCAGUCGUUCAUUGUUGUUGCUGGUUUGUGGUCGACUCUUUGGGCAAUGGCCAACAUGGGGCUAGCAUUCUGUGGGGCAUCUACUUUGCUUGGAACCAUGAUGGGUGCCUAGUUUAGGCUUAAUGUGUAGUGGCGUACAAAGUAAGAAGAUAUGCUCAUGAAAUCUCUUCCAUUUAAAAUAAAGUUCUUGCUUCUUCACGCCAUUUCCCCUCUUCUCUAAUUCCCACCAUAGCUCCAAUUCCCACCAUCACUCCAGUUCCCACCAUCACUCCAACUCCCAAGUUUACUGGUAUUCCCACCAUCACUCCAAUUCCCACGUUUACUCCUAUUCCCACCAUCACUCCAAUUCACAGCAUCACUCCAAUUCCCACCAUAACUCCAAUUCCAACCAUUACUCCAAUUCCCACCAUCACUCAAAUUCCCACCAUCACCCCAAUUCCCAACAUCACUCAAAUUCCCAGCAUCACUCCAAUUCCCACCAUCAUUCCAAUUCCCACCAUCACUCCAAGAGCUACCAUCACUCCGAUUACCACCAUCACUCCAAUGCCCAUCAUCACUCCAAUUCCCACCAUCACUCCGAUUCCCACCAUCACUCCAAUUCCCACCAUCACUCCAAUUCCCACCAUCACUCCGAUUCCCACCAUCACUCCAAUCCCCACCAUCACUCCGAUCCCCACUUAUUUCAACACUCCAUUAUUACAUCCUUUAUCAACAUGUCGAUUCCCAACUAUACCACACUCAAAUUUCUACCUAUAUAAACACCCCAGCUGCCACCUCUAUCAACACCACAAUUACAACCUAUAUCAACAUUCCGAUUCUUCACAAUAUCAACACUCCAAUUUCCCAUCCAAUAUCAUAACUCCAAUUCCUACCCAUAACAACACUCCGACCGCCACCUAUAUCAACACUUCAACAGCCAUCUGUGGCAAUACCCAUAAAUGUUGUGUGUGUAUGCAUGAAGUUUGUGAUUUGAUUUGUUUCUCAAAGGAAGGGAACACGCCUAUUGUUGCUGAUACUAUUGUCUGGUGGACUCCGGUGUCUGAGAAGCUGACCGCUACAACAUUGACCUAUUGUGGUAAAUAUAUAUAUAUAUAUAUAUAUAUAUUUUAAAAUUUCCUUGUGGAGCCAAGUCCGUAUAACCCAAACCAGAGGUUCCCAAACAUUUGUUUCAAAUAAUGUGGCCCUUGGUGCAUCCAGGUUGACCAAGACACCCUAUGUCAAGUUUAACAAGAGCACUGAGAAAUAACGAAUUUGAUAAGAAAUUGUAUUUAGUACCACUGCACCCUAGUGAGGAAAUCGAAGUUCCCUACGCCGUGCAUUUUGUGAACCUCUGGUCAGCAUAAAUUUUCACAUAAUUUAUUUUUUCAAAAUUAUGUAUCACCUUGCUUAAUUUUAAAAAGAAAAUUAAUUUAAAAAAAUAAUUCAAUGACCUUUUUACUUGUACACUCAAAUUUCAAUAACAAUAAUCCUAGUGGAUCUGAUUAUUCUCAUUUUAUUUAAAAUCUUUUAUCAGUUGUUAUAGAAUUUAAUUUUUAACGGAAUACAUAUUGCUCAUCAACUUUUUUCGUCAAGACCUAAACCAACUAAAUUUAGAUCGUACUCAAACAGCUAUGCGUUAUUAAAAUGAAGCUUUUUGCUGGUUGUGGGGGGGGGGGGGGGGGGGGGGGGGUGGGAGGAAUAAAGAUGGUAGUAGAAUGGUAAACGUUUGUUUUAGUCAAGUGCUGAUAACACUGACACAGUGGAAUUUAACACAAAAAAAUAUGCCUUAAAAAUGUAUAAACAAAAGAGGAACAACAAUGCAAAAAUACAUAAAUAAAAAUACUUCUAAGCAAGCCCUUGUCAGUUUUACUUUAUUUUCUUUUUUGGUGUGGAGUCGUUUCAAUUCGUUGUAUUUGAAGACGACUCCGGUUAUAAAUGUACAACGAUGAAAGUCCAAUGCAAACUCUUAACAUGUAGGAAAUAAAUAGCACAAGUAGGGGGAACACCCUGAACCCCCCCCCCCCCCAAACAAAAAAAACAAAAAAAAAAACAAAAAACAAACAAAACAAACAAACCCACAUCGCAUCAUCAGACGUACAGACAGAACGCCUCCUUCAGCGAACUGAAACAUGUAAAUAAUAAUAUUCAUUAGAAUGAAUGAACUGAAUAUGUGAAGAGUUCGAGAGAAAUCUGUUUAACUAUUCAAUUAUUUUUUUUCGCCACAGGGUACAAUAUGGCCGGCAUCGUCUCCUUCUUCAUCGCUGGCUUUUUGUGUUCUGUUCCCAUUGACAACGGCUGGCCAUUUGUCUUCUACGUCUUCGGUAAAACUGUCCUUCUUAUAGCUUUGUUUGCGGGUUACUGGAUCUAGAGCAGAGGAGCGUUUCUCAAAGCCUGGGGUCACAAUCUGCUUCCGGGCCACGACAAGCAAAGUUAAUGGGUCGCCGGAAGAAGGAGGAAAAAAUGGUUACAGGGGCGCGAAAAAAAGGUCUUGGAAACGCUGCUGGGGAGUCGAUUUCCGGAAUGGCCUGGGAGCGGAUUUGUUUCGGAUCAGAAAAUUAUUGGAUUAUCGAACACUCCGCAGCAAUGUAGAUUUAAGGAAGUUAAUGAUAAAUAUAUAUAUAAAAAAAAAAAGAUAGUGUUGACUAUUCGUUUUCAUUUCCUCGAAAGGUGUUUAGUUAAGCAGUGCAUUAACGACAGCGCACAGUGCAUUAACAACAGCGCACAGUGCAUUAACAACAGCGUACAGUGCAUUAACAACAGCGCACAGUGCAUCAACAACAGCGCACAGUGCAUUAACGACAGCGCACAGUGCAUUAACGACAACGCACAGUGCAUUCCGGGGCAGCUGAUUAAUAUAAAAGCUGUUGUUGUUGGGGUUUUUUUUUUGCUGCGAAAAGGUUGUUUUUUUUCCAGAAAAAAUAUGGAUAUGCACUUAAUGGGACCUGCGAAGCAUUGUGCGAAAUGAGUUGGAAUUAUUUUCGGGUAGGGUGUCUUUGCCCCCACUUCCCAAAGAGUGGUGUAAGCCAACCCUCCUGCGACCCUGGACAUUAUACCUGGUCAUUUAUGUACCGUGGUCAAUUUUAGUCAAGGUAGUGCUGUUGAAUUUGGAACCUCACUGUGCAUAUUAUUAAUACAGAAAUUUACAAUCACAAAAAUUUUUUUUUUUAAAUGAUAAAAUAAAAAAAAAUGUUAAGACAUUGAUGAUUAUUGAGUAAUAAUAUGGGGUUAACGAACCACUAUCCUUUCACUAAAAGCUCAACAAUUCAGUUCUUCCUAUUAUCAAACAAAUAAAAUUACAAAGUGAAAAGUGAUAUUUUACGAAAAAAUAAAGUUUAGUACUUGGUUUGAAUUCUUAAAGUUCAUUUUCGCAGUGGCUGCGUGGUCGUAACAAUUGUCGUUUUAUACUAAGAGGGUUUAGUUCUAUCCCCUCCCCCAUUUUACGUCUCAAAAUUUCCCCAACCCAAAUACAAAAGUGUAAUAGAAAUGUUUAAUUAUUUUAUGACUUGCUAUUAUUGUUAUAAUAUAAAUUUUGGAACCAGGAGAAAUGCAAAAGGAAAAGGCACAUUUUAAAAAAAAAAAAUAUAUUUUUGUGAGGGGGGGGGGGGUUUGUUUCCCAAACUCAGACUAGCAGCAACUGCUUUCUUCCCUCCUGUGUGAACGCCUUUCUUUGCCGGCAUUUGAAAAAAAAAAUACUGCAUGCCAUGCGCAGUGCGGACGAUAAAAUAGGGCUGUUUGGAUAAUCGCCGUUUCUGAUGAUCGGCGUUCGGAAAAAUCGAUAGUAUGCUGUGCAUAUAUUUUACAAAAAUUUUCAUAAUGUUAAGUUCAAUGAAUAUUGACUUAAUUAAUUUUUUUUUUACGUUGUUAUAUCACUAAUUUCAUUUUUUUUUCCCUUUAAACAAAGUUUCUAAUGAGCUGUUUGAAAGCAAAACAACUAAAAAAUCUUUUUGGUGUUCUUCAUAUAAUUUCUAAGUCUCUGGAUAAUACGAAUCAAAGAAAUGAUUAAAGCAAAGUUAUUGACAAAUACGAAACUAAAUGCAAUUAAAAGAAAUAUAAGAACACGGUAUGCCAAACUUGAAUUCAUUUUUAUAAAAUGCAUUUAGAAGCAUCGACAGGGUAGAAUUUACUGUUGAACAGAUCUCUGCAUAGAUUUUGGAGAAAAAACAACAACAAUGACUUAGAUUUAAUCCCAGAAAUGCGCCACUGCUGACAUAAAAAAGAAACGUGUAAACUUUACUCUCACGUUUCGUCACUCCAGGGGCCAUAAUUCUACUGUGGACUCUAGCAUGGCACAUAAUGACUUCUCAGAAGCCCGAAGACCAUCCUUGGAUUUCCGACGAGGAGAAGUCUUUCAUCAUCGCCACACGUGGUUUUAGCGUUGGGGCGGAAAAGGUGGGUGAGAAUAGAUGAAGCCAUUGUGUCCUUUUGGAAGUGGUUCGCAUCACGGCCAUGACAUACAUGUCCAUGCACUCACUCACCACUCAAUAGUUUUAACAAAAAAUGCUACUUUACAUUUGGGAUAAGUACCGUGUGUGGGGGGGGGGAGCUAUUACUUUAACAAAUUGAUUGAUUGCGUUCUUUAUCCAUUUGCUCUACAAAACCAUGCCCACAAAACAACGUAUCCAGGUAAGCGUAUCAAAAUGAAAUUCACCCUCUGGCCACUUUUAAAUUAUCCAAUUAUCCAUUUUUAAUUCGUAUAAAUAACGAAAUUGCCAUCAAUUUAUCCCUUUUUUGUUUUAUUUAUUUACAAUCCAAUGGCCUUUCCAUUCCUAUCUCCACCACGCAACACGCUAGCAUGCUUUAGACAUUGUCGUAUUCCUACACCCAUGUGAGUCUCUCAGACAGGAAGCCGAGACCAGCCGCCGUACCGAGACAUAAUGACGUCGGUUCCGGUGAUCGCGCUCUUCUUCGUCACGAGCGUGCACGUGUGGAGCUUGACGAUCAUCUACACUUACAUCCCCGUGUACUUCUCGAGGCUGCUGGGCUUUACGUACGAGGAGGUAGCUAACACUGGUCGUUGGCGUUGAUUUCAUAAACACGAUUUAUUUUUUAAGAAGAUAGAUCUUUUUAUCAAAAUUUUCCUUCUUGUGUGUCCUGCUUCCUCUUCAAACCGCCCUCCCCCCCCCCAAACUCCACAUGUUUUAAAUUAAUAGAAAAGAGGCUGUCAUGAAGCGAGGUGACCUCUGAACUCUGAUAAAGAGGCUGAUUUCUUUUUCUUUAGAAAGGAUUUUUUCUUUUAAAUGUCACUGAUUUUUUUUCCUCACAAAUGUGUUCUGGGGCUGCACACACCCCUCAGAACUGGUUUCAUUGGACCCUCCUUUUUCACUUCGGGUGUCUGUGUGCCAUGCGAGUCUUUUCCGUAGCCUAGUACAGGAAGGUAUUGCCCAUUUUCGUUAUAUUGCGACUUUUGUUUCUUUACAGUCUUUAUUAUAAAAAAUGAUCGACAUUAUCUUCUCUGUCGAUUUGUUUUUGUACAAAAGUCAUCUCUAUUUCGGGAUCCGGCAACUGCCUGUUCCUAUUAGUAGGUUAUUUCUUCACAAAAAAACUUUUGAAGACGGCAAUGCACUCUCACUACGCCAUUGGGGCGGUAGAUUUUAAUAAUAAUAAUAAAGUUCAUUUCAAAAACACGCUUCAUCCCCAAAGGCUCGAAGCGCGGUACGAAGACAACAAAAUACAAAUCUAUAAUUUCCCACAUUUAAAACAAACGCAACACUACAAAAACUAAUUACAAGCAUACAAUGGCAAAGUAUUUCUAUCCAUUUCAACCCUGAGCAACACAGGCAUUAUGCAUUAACUAGAAAAUAAGGUUGACAAUCAUCCCAGAAGGUGUUUGCGAAAUAGAUGUGUCUUUAAAUCGGUUUUAAAGGACUCCAGUGUCUGGUUGUUUCUGAGAUCGACAGGAAGGGCGUUCCAAAUUGUUGGACCAGCAAAUGCGAAAGUGCGCUUUCCGUAAGUCUCAAGGCAAUCACGUGGUGUCGAGAGUUUGCCACUAUCGGAUGAGCGGAGCUCUCCAGUGGGUACAUAAGGAGUCAGCAGCUCUUUCAGAUAGGACGGCACCAGGUCAUGUAAGCAGCGGUAGCACAAAGUUGCGAUUUUGUUCUCUAUGCGAGCACGCACCGGCAGCCAGUGCAGCUCUCUCAGAAGUGUUUUUGCAUGGUCGAACUUGCGUUUGCGGAGAACAAUGCGAGCCGCAUUAUUCUGUGCUAUUUGAAUUUUAUCCAGGAGCGUAGCUGGAAGACCCACCAUAAACAAUGCGAGCCGCAUUAUUCUGUGCUAUUUGAAUUUUAUCCAGGAGCGUAGCUGGAAGACCCACCAUGAGAGCAUUGCAAUAGUCCAUGCGUGAUAGCACAAAUGCAGACAUCAGCCUCUUUGUUGCAUCAAUUGUUAGGAAGGGCCUGAUGUGACUAAUCCUGCGCAGCUCCAGAAAAAUCGCCUUGCAUAGCAUGUUAAUAUGACUUUCAAAAGUUAGUCUUCCAUCUAGGUAGACACCCAGGUACCGCACUGUUUGAGCUAACUCAAUACGCACACCUGAGAGAGUACUGGAUGUCGUGUUAUUUGCAGAUUUUUGCUUCUGAGCGGUCGCGAUGGGGAGCAGCUCAGUCUUAUCAUCAUUAAAUUUGAGCUUGUUUAUGGUCAUCCAGUGCUUAACCGACUCCAUUAUCUUCUGUGUCAUUGCAUAAUGUAGAAAAAUGAGAAGUUAACUUUUUGUUUUUUGGAAUUCUUUUUUUUUUAAAUACUCGGAUCUGGUGUAAAAAAUGCACCCGAUUAAGCCCUAGUAUAUCUAGUAUAUAGCCCUAGUAUAUCUAGUAUAUAGCCCUAGUAUAUCUAGUAUAUAAUAGCCCUAGUAUAUCUAGUAUAUAGCCCUAGUAUAUCUAGUAUAUAGCCCUAGUAUAUCUAGUAUAUAGCCCUAGUAUAUUCUACAAUAUAUAUACAUCCGUUACACAGUUGGCCUAGCAAAUUGAUUGCACCAAAUCAUUCACUGUUUUAAAUUUAAAGAAAAUGUAGAUCUUUACGUCUGUAAUCCAAAUGUCUAUUGUUUUGUAGAGAACAUGUAUUUCUCAGUGUAAUAAUUCUGCUAUUGUAAAAAAUCCCGCUAGACAGGUGUACUGGUUUCUUGUGUGUCAUUUUGUCGUCUUUUGGGAGCCAUUCUCUGGACAAUCGUCGAGAACAAGCUGAUGUCCAGACCGGGGAUGACCACUAACAAAAGCAGAAAGAUCAUUUAUACAGCAGGUAGAGGACAUUGUGUUUGAACACGGUGGUGGAUUAGUGGAGACGUUCACCGAAGCGCCGAGUCAUCAUUUAGGGGCGUCAGAAAGUUACUUGGGGCGUCAAAACACUAUCUGGGGGGGUGUUAGGACUUUCCCCGAGAGCGUUCAAACAUUUCCAAAGGGUUAGAAUACUAGACGAAGCGUUGGAAUGUUCCUUUGGGACGUUAGGAAGUUUCAAACGAAUAUAUGUGUAAGAUUUUGUGUCCGCCCUUGAAUUCUUAACAUUUAUUGCCAGCAUAAUUAAAUGUUUAAUACAUUCCUGCAUGUCUCUUCAGACAUAAUUUAGAAGUUUCCUUCGUUUUGGCUCAAAGGAAACAAUUUAUAUUUUAACACGUACAGUGCUCUGAUUUACCUCAAUAUCUAACAAGGGUGAAAGUCGUUUUAGCUUGUCGAAACAAUACACAGCAUCAUGCUAUGUGAUCUUAGCAUUUAAUUAUUUCCUUAUUUUUUUACUGAAUAUCUGUGGAUCUCACCAGGUUCAGCGAUAGCCGGAGUUUUUUUCGUGGCUGUCACCUUCGUAGCCUCUGACCUCAGGUCGCUGGCUGCGACCCUCAUGUGCGUCGCGAUGGUCUCUCAAUCUGUGUCAGCCGUCGUGAUGCCUGCUUUAGUGCUGGACAUGGCGCCAAGGUAAUGUUAACAUCCGGUCUUGAUUUGAUUAUGUUAUGAGACGUUGCAAGUUGCAACUUCCUAUUGCCAUACACAUUUACAUUUGAAGAUUGCAAGAAUACACCUUUCGGACCCUUUAAUUGAUUCGAAAAUAUUAGCUGGAUUGAUGUGCUUAUUGAUGUGCAUGGCUAUCAUAAAAUAUUAGCUGGAUUGAUGUACUUAUUGAUGUGCAUGGCUAUCAUAAAAUAUUAGCUGGAUUGAUGUACUUAUUGAUGUGCAUGGCUAUCAUAAAAUAUUAGCUGGAUUGAUGUACUUAUUGAUGUGCAUGGUUAUCAAAAAAUAUUAGCUGGAUUGCUGUACUUAUUGAUGUGCAUGGCUAUCAUAAAAUAUUAGCAGGAUUGAUGUACUUAUUGAUGUGCAUGGCUAUCAUAAAAUAUUAGCUGGAUUGAUGUACUUAUUGAUGUGCCUGGCUAUCAUAAAAUAUUAGCUGGAUUGAUGUACUUAUUGAUGUGACUGGCUAUCAUAAAAUAUUAGCUGGAUUGAUGUACUUAUUGAUGUGCAUGGCUAUCAUAAAAUAUUAGCUGGAUUGCUGUUCUUAUUGAUGUGCCUGGCUAUCAUAAAAUAUUAGAUGGAUUGAUGUACUUAUUGAUGUGCAUGGCUAUCAUAAAAUAUUAGCUUGAUUGAUGUGCUUACUUAUGUGCAUGGCUAUCAUAAAAUAUUAGCUGGAUUGCUGUACUUAUUGAUAUGCAUGGCUAUCAUAAAAUAUUAUCUGGAUUGCUUUACUUAUUAAUGUGCAUGGCUAUCAUAAAAUAUUAGCUGGAUUGCUGUACUUAUUGAUGUGCAUAGCUAUUAAAAUAUUAGCUUAAUUGAUGUACUUACUUGUGUGCAUGGCCAUCAUAAUCUGAACUCAAAUAUUUGAUCUUCUGAACUUAAUCAUCAUUUAGAUAGAACUGACCGUGAUGUCUUCGCUGCAUUUCUUUCAGGUAUGCAGGAUUUAUCUCUGGCAUGUCAAUGUCCAUAGCGUCGGUUGUGGCCAUACCUGCCCCCCUGAUCGUUGCUGCAUUAACACCGACGGUAAAUAAUCAACGUGUUUGUAUACACUUUUUUGUUUGUUUGUGGAUCGAAUCUUUCGAUCACUUUAAAUUUUUUGAUUUAUAAAUCUUUUACGUUUACUUCGACCUUGUUUGUUUAGGGCAAAAAAAUCUUCGGACCGAAUUCCAGUCAACCUAUCAAGCUGAAACUUGGCACAUAGACACGUCGACAAUGACAACACAUUUGUCAAUUUUUGAGCCCCACGUUCCCAACCCCCACCCCCCCCCCCCAAAAAAAAAAAAAAAAAAAAAAAAUCAGUUUUCUACAUUUUUUGUCAAGGGGAGAUGAAAAAUAAAAUGAUGCCACUAAUUUCACGAAAUAAUAUUCCUGAUAACUGCGAAAAUGAGAUUCUUAAACAAAAAAAAUAAUUGUAUACGUAAUAUUUUCUUUUGUUAUUCUGAAGUAGUUGUUGAAAUAAAUCUGCGGUGUAAAAGCUGGUUGGGGGGGGGGGGGCAAUAAUGAAAAAAAAAAAAGGGGGGAGAUAAACAAAAAAAAUAAUUUUAUACGGAAUAUUUUCUUUUGUUAUUCUGAAGUAGUUGUUGAAAUAAAACUGCGGGGUAAAAGCUGGUUGGGGGGGGGGGGGUCAAUAAUGAAAACAAAAUAAGUGGGGAGAUGAACGGUUGACGCUUUAGCUCUACUUUGAAGUAAAAUUAGGUCAACACGCGCGCAACAACAAUCACAUUUAAUUUGUUAAAAUUUCAACUUUUUAAAAUUCAUCCAUAGUUGAUAUAUUUAUGUCUUCUACAUCAGAAUUCGCAGAGCGAGUGGACAACGGUUUGGCUCAUCAUGUCGGCAGCGACCCUGGUCGGAGCCGUCAUAUUUCUCGUGUUCGGCCAGGCUUCCCUCCUGCCUUGGGCGGACAACACGAGCAUCCCGACACCUCACGUGAUCACCCCUUUCGUCCAGUUGGGUCGACGCAUGACCCUGUUUGUGGAAGCGCCACCCCUGACACUGGGUGGCACUGGCGGUGACCACACGUUUGCCCCCGCCAUUAUCCCGCACUUGUCCGGUUUCCGGUCACCGGCUGUUUUCCUGGGUCCGACUAAGCGGACACGUUCAGACAUGGAGCUGGCCUCCGAAAGUAAUGGAGAUUUCCAUGUACAAGGAGAAGAUAACCCCGAAUUUCAGCCUGAUGGUUCUUUCGUAACUAAUGGAUUACCUCCCUCUAUAACCAAUAUUUCCGUAAAAUUUUCAGAUCGUGAAUUGAAUGGUGUGGACAUUGAUGGUAAAAAUUUGUCACAGUUUGAGAACCUUCCCGACUCAAUAAACGGGAUCCACAUAAACGAUAUUCAAUUAAAGGUAGCGGAGGAAACAUACGAUACACGCUUGUAAUUGGUGGGUUUUUUGGUGGUUUUUUUGUGAACAUUUUGUUACAUCAGAAGCACUUUAAAAAAAACACCAAAACAUAAUCAAUUGGAAGUGAACAAAAGAUACAGAAUAGCAUUCGAUUGGAUUUGUUCACAUGCUAUAUCACAGCAUUCAGUGACAUACGAUUCAGGAGCAUACACGAUCUUCAUAUGAAAGCAUCGAAUGAAAUACGAUUCAAACGCAUACAAGAGGCUCAAGAGAAAGCAUCGAAUGAAGUAAGAUUCAAUGCCUCAUUCAGGAUCCUCAUUACCCACCCCCCCAAAAAAAACAAAAAAACAACAACAAACAAACAACAACAUGACCUUGUAACACCAGUUAAGUUUCGCUUGGACCUGACCAAAGAUCUAUUCAUUGUUCUGGUUUAGUAAAGAUGACACAGGAAUGGGAUGCUGAACAUUGAGAGCACCCGUAGCGGCACGUGUACUUGAUGAGAGAGACCUGGUCAUGUACGAGACGCAAAAGAAAUUGAUUUCAAAAACCUAUUUUAAGAAAACAUGUAUUUUCUAAUAAAUAUAUAUAUUUUUUUUUUACAGUAAACACUAUUUAAAGAAGUUUCUGAUUCUGUGAAUUUUUGCAAAAGAAAGAGAAAAAAUAAUUUAAUUUAAAAAAAAAGAAAAAAAAAAGGAUGUGUUCUUUUAAGAAUAAAGAACGGGGCUGUUCGAGGCCGUAUCACCUUUUACUUUUCGCGAUGUCACAACGCAGCGAAUCUGUUUACUAGCAUGCAUCUGCUUUGGCAGGGGUGGGGAAACUUUUCAUGCGGUGGGCCACAUUGACAAAUGUAAAGCUAUUGGGGGACUGUACCCAUAGUAUAUCCCAUUUUGACACAUCGAUAAACAUUUCUCUAUCUUAAAAUCGGUAAAUUCUCAUUUUAGAAAUUGCAUGAAAAACUUCUAGGACUGUUAAAAAAAAAAAAAAAAAUUAGAAAGAAAUUUGAUCAAAAUUGUUCAA